AGCUAUUCAAUUUGUGGAUUCUGGUAUGCCGGGUGUUAUUGAGGCCAUCUGCGGUGGACUUGCCAUAGGCUUUUCAGUUGCCGUGAACGCUGUGCUUCUUGGAAGGGUAACAGGUAUAAGUGGUAUUGUCGGUGGUGUCCUUGCCAAACAGUCAGGCUUGCGUUGGAGAUUAUCCUUUCUUGGAGGACUGGCAGGGGGCGGUUGGAUAUUGAGGAAAUUCUUGCCAAGUACUGUUCCAAUUGUAUCUGGGUUAGUUUCUCCGUUGAGAUUGGCUGCUGCAGGUCUAUUAGUUGGUUUUGGUACUAGACUGGGAAGUGGUUGCACUAGUGGCCACGGUGUAUGUGGACUUGGUCGGUUAUCGAAAAGGUCUCUAGUAAACGUACUUGUGUUCAUGACCAGUGGUGCCCUAACAGCCAUUUUGACUAAAAGCGUUAGUGCAUAUGGAGCUGGUUCUCUUGUAACCAGAGAUCUCUUUACUCCCGAUAAGAGUCUUUUGAAAAGCUUCGUCAGUUUUGCAACACCAGCAAUACUUUCAUUGAUGGGAAUUGUCGGUGCUAGUUUCUCUCUAGAUGCAAACAUUCCUAAGAAAGUUCAUGAGUUUGCUUCUCCAAUUAUUGGUGCAUCUACAGGAUAUUUAUUUGCAAUUGGUUUGGGCGUGGCUGGUAUGACCAAUCCAAUCCAAGUAGUUCGUUUUCUUGAUUUUACUCGUCCAUAUUGGAACCCAAGUUUAGCUUUUGUAAUGGGCUCUGCUCUUGUUGUAUCCUUGUCUGCCUUUUCAUUUUUGAGAAAAAGAAAUAAUCGUCCUCUUCUAUGUUCGCAGUCAUAUAUUCCUUGUGCCGCAGAAGUCGAUAUGAAUCUGAUUAUUGGUGGCGCACUCUUUGGUGCUGGUUGGGGUUUGGGAGGAUUUUGUCCUGGUCCCAUGCUAGUCAGUUUCUUUAGUCGUCCUGAAGAGCAGGCUAAUCAAGUCGUAACUGGGGCAAUGCUUGUAGGAGCACUUGUAUACCAGCAGCUGCAAAAGUCCAAGGAGACCUCCUUCCAAGGUGUACCCAAGGAAGACACUGGAAAAGAGACAUCGCGUUUGAGCGAGUCAAAAAACAACUCGGAAAGCAACGGCUAUUCUGUACAAAAAUCAGAUUCUCCUUCUCAUGAAGAAGAUGGUUAAUCGCGUUUGUAUGGAAGUAUAAAAGUUUAAUUUUUAUG